AUGCGCGAGAACCUGGAGCAGUAUGAGCGGCUGCUCGAGACGGACGAGGACGCGUUCGAGCAGCCCACAACGACGCGGCGCGAGCUGUGGGCGUACUAUUGCUACUACAACGCCGACAGCGGCGUUGGGCCCGUGACGUACGGACAGGCGCUGUUCCAGUCGGCGCUGUCGGCCGCCGGGCACGAUCCCGCCAUCUCGCCCGUCGUUCCCGGCAACUGUACCACGCGCGGGUGUGUUCUGCCGUGGGGCAGCGGGACGCGGAGCGUGGCGUCCGUGGUUCUGAUCGCCAACGGCGUGUGCUUCGCCGUUAUGUCGUUCCUGUUUGUGUGGCUGGGGAGCGCGGCCGACUACGGCUCGUUUGGGCGGUGGCUGCUGCUGGCGGCGACGCUGGUCAACUGGGUCUUCCAGUUCGCGUUUAUGAGCGUGCGCGGGGCGGGGCAGUGGAAGACGGCCAUGGGGCUGUACAUUGUCAACUACAUCGCGUACGGGUCGACGCUGGUAUUCUUUGCCGCCAUCUUCCCGCGCUUGGCUAGGUAUAUGCCGCAUGUGCGGAAAGCGCGCGAGGAAGAUCUCAAGGAUGGGCGGAUCAGCCAGGACGAGUACGACGCGAUUGAGAGCCUCGAGCGGAACCACAUCUCGAAUGUUUCGACGGCGCACUCGAACGUCGGCUACGUCAUGACGCUUGCGGUCAGCCUGUCCGUGCUCCUGCCCAUGCGCGGCAACAGCUACGCCAACAACUGGGCCCUCUUCCUCAGCACGGCAUACUCCAUCGUCUUUGGGGUCUGGUGGUUCAUCUUCCAGCAGAAGCGGCCCGGUCCAAGGCUGCCACGCGACUCGUCCUACGCGACCAUCGGCUGGAAGCAGGUGUUCCUAGCUCUGCGCGAGAUCCGGCACCUGCCGCAAACGUUUAUCUAUCUCGUGGGGUUCUUCCUGCUCGCCGACGGGCUCAACACGACCUCUACGCUCAUCAGCAUAAUCCAAAACGACCAAGUGAGCUUCAGCUUCCUGCAGAUCACGUAUCUCGGGCUGGCGCAAGCGCUGUGCAGCGUCGUCAGCACGCUGGGGUUCUGGCGCAUCCAGCAGCGCUUCAACAUCAGCACGAAGCGCAUGUUCAUGGUGACGAACGCGUUCAGCGUGCUGCUGCCGUUCUACGGGAUGCUAGGGCUGUGGACGCGGCGCGUGGGCUUCCACCGCAUCUACGACUUCUGGCUGUACAAUGUCGUCUUCGGGCUGUUCCAGGCGCCGUACUACGCGUACGCGCAGACGAUGAUGAGCGAGGUGACGCCGCGCGGGUACGAGGGCAUGUUCUUCGGGCUGUUUGGCAUCACGAACCGCGCGAGCAGCGUCAUCGGGCCGAAUGUCGUGCAGGCGAUUGUGAAUGCGUCGGGGAAUAAUUGGCUCGGCUUCCCGUUUUUGGUCGGCUUGUGUACGGCGGCUGUGGUGGUGAUUUGGUUCGUUGAUGUUGAGGAGGGGAGGGAGGCUUGUAGACGGUUUGUUGAUGAGAGGAAGAUGGUGAGGGUGGCGAGGGAGGGGGGCGAGCAGGCGGAGGAGCUGGUCGUGGCUGUUUCGGGGAGGGAUGCGGUGCGUUGA